UGUUUCUUGCCUUUUGCCUACUUAGAGAUUUUUUCAAUAUGAUAGUUACUAAAAUUAAAGAAUAAGCAAACAUUGCUUUUAGUUUCUUACUUUAUUCUUGUUGAAUUGGCCACAGGGAGACAUUCUAAAUAUCUUUUGUUAUGGAACCUAUUAAAUUUUCUAUAUAUGCCACUGACUUCCUACUUAAUUUUUUAAUGUGGUGCACACUUUUUUUCAUCAAAGCAUUCUCUUCAUGUUUGCCUUGGUUUCUCUAAAUACUAGCUGUAUUGAGUAUUAGUCAAAUAUGUUAUGCAUGUUAUAAUAUAUAUAAUUGAUAGAUUUUUGUAUAUUGAAUUUUUAAACUUUAUAAAAAAAUUCCGCAUGUUGUUAUUUUGUUAAUUGAUUUUUCUAUUAAGUGAAUGAUAAUCCAUUACUCAACACUGAUUUUAAUGUCAUUGAUACUGCAGGUUAUUUUGUAAUGUUGAUUCUUUAUCUGGCAUUGUUUUUUCAAAAUCAGCUCUAAAUUUCAUGAUAAAGUGAAAAUUGAAUUUCUAUACUUAUAUAGCAUUAAAGUCACAUUGAAACUAUAUGAAAUGGAAAACUGUUACAAAAUUAGUACAAUAAAAAAGUAAUCAGAAUAAUAAUAAAAUAAUGUAAAUAUAAAAGUAAAAUAAUGUAAAUAUAAAAGUAAAAUAAUGUUAUCACAACUAAAGCUAUUCAUAAAAGUCUUCUUUUAAAAGCAAAUUCAUUUCACUUUUGUACAGUGAUCUCCAUUUUCCAUAUAUUUCCAGAAUCGGGGGAAGCAACAGUACUUUGUAUACCUGCAUCGUUGUCCGAGUAUGAAGACUACAGACAUCGAAGCCUUCCACAUUAUUGAGACUGAAAAAUCUAUCAAUAAUUUCACUGGUUGUAGAACAAAGUUUUCUGCUUUGAGAUUGAAAAAUCUACCUGUGAAGUUCAGUAUUGUUUCAACUUUGCAAAUUCGUCAUCUGAGGAAAAAUCACAUCAGGAUAGAUAAGAAAAAUUGUGACAUUGGAUUUGACUUGAGAAAUUUCUUGCAUAUUUUUAAUAUUGAACAGGAAUGUAAUUGGACAGGCAUCGAAGUCUUCUGCUUUAUCUAAGACUGAAAAAUCUAUCAAUGAUAUUUCUUUUUAGUACAGAUUGAUUCAUCAACAUGGGACUUAGAAUUAAUUGCUGAAUUAUAAGUAUGCAUUUGUGUUGGAGCAAAUAAACUCUUCUGUGAAUUCUGAUGCAUAUUAUGGAUAUUUACUUAUAAAUGGAUGUAAAAAUAUUUUAAUUAAGUUCUAUAUUGUAUUCAGUUGUAGAAAUUUGCUGACUAUAUUUCACUUGUUUAUGCUCUCCUGCAUAUCUCAUGUUAUUUUAUUUUUAAGUAACAAGAUUCCCAGUGAGUGGUCCUGUUUAAGUGAUUGUCUAAAAGUUUUUGGCUAUCUCUUAAGCUACGAACUUUUAGAGUGUUCAUUUAAUAGAUUUUCAACAUCAAAUAUGAUGCGACUGAAAGAAACAUUUCAACACCUAUUUCAGAAAGCAAAAUAUUGGGUAAGUAUUAUUUCAAAACUGUGUUUUUAUGAAAAUUGAUGUCAAGUUUCCUGAACGUAAUAAUUUCUUUCCGAAAGAUUGCAGAAACAUCAAUGGAUGAAAAGCAUAAUAUUUUCAUGAAUAAUGUAAGAUAAAAAUCACAUGUAAAAAUUUCUGUGAUGACAAUGCAUAUUUUAUUAUUUUUACAUUGUUAUUUAUGAA